UCACGUGAAAUGACUUUUUUUUGAAUGAGUUAUAUAACUCGUGAGUCCGGCAGAUUUUACAGGAGUGAGACUUCGAGGCUCUGAAGUUUUUCUCAUUCCAGCUUUCGAGAAGAUCCAGAAAUCGUACGAUGGCAAACGAAAGCAAUCCGUGCCCCUGCGAUUUAGGCGAUAAGAUUGAGUAUGGAGGACUCGGCCAGGAGGUCCAGAUGGAGCACAUCAAAGCAUAUGUAGUGAAGCCCACCUCUCCCAAGGACAAGGCUGUCAUCGUCAUUCAUGACAUCUUCGGUUGGCAGCUUCCAAACACUAGAUACAUGGCGGAGAUGCUCGCUGCCGACGGAUACAUAGCUGUGUGCCCGGACUUCUUUGUUGGAAAGGAACCGUGGAGCCCAGCUGGUGACUGGUCCAAGUUUCAGGAGUGGCUUCAGGACAAAAAACCAACCACCAUAAACAAGGAGGUGGACGCUGUUCUGAAUUACUUGAAGGAGCAGUGUGGGGCCAAACGCAUCGGGACAGUAGGCUUUUGCUGGGGUGGGGUCGCCACACAUUACAUAGCUUUGCAGUAUCCAGAGGUGAAAGCCGGAGUUUCUGUUUACGGAAUAGUUCGAGAAAGAGAGGACAGGUACGCCCUCAAGAGCCCCACUCUGUUCAUUUUUGCAGAGGUGGAUCAGGUUAUCCCUCUUGACCAGGUGAAUGCCCUAGAGGCGAAGCUGAAGGAAAAAUGUACCGUAGAGCACCAGGUGAAAAUAUUUCCUGGUCAAACUCACGGCUUCGUCCACCGGAAGAGAGAAGACAUCAACCCGGCAGACAAACCGUACAUCCAGGAGGCAAGAAAAGACAUGCUGAACUGGCUCAACAAAUACUGCUGAAGACAUUCGCAAUAUAGAAACCAAUGAAAGAAAUAAGCAUCGACUUACGAGAUUCUGUAAAAAUUGCUCCUAAUUGAAUGUUUUUUUUCUUAACUGUCCUAAACACAUAUGCAUUAAAUAGUUGACAAGAUGA